AUUCGCUUCCGCCGCCAUUAAACUCCGCUCCGCGCACCGCGAUGUCUCAGCCGCGUUCCCCCGCACUUCUGACAUGAUCCCGGGCCUCCGCGGAGCUCACCCGGCCUCGGAACCGACCCACGGAGGUUCUGCGCGUCCACGGACCCGAACCAUGUGAGGAGCUCCGGCGGGAUCCAGGCACAGCGGGCGAAGGCAGAGCGCGUAGCCGGAGAGAGGAGGAGGCGCCUCGGCUUCGCUUCAGAUUGGCCCCCGGUCGGAUUGUGGUGCUUUUCGGGAACUCUCGCGAAAUGACUGAGCCGAAGUCUUCCUCCGUGAUGUCCGACCAGCGGCUGAAGUGGUCGUGCGAGUACUGCACGUACGAAAACUGGCCGUCCGCCAUCAAAUGCACCAUGUGUCGAGCGCCGCGCCCGACGCCCAUCAUCCAGGAGGACGCCUUUACCGCCGGACCGGACCCGGACCCGCCCCGGACCGAGACCACGACGGGCAGCGGCAGCCUCCUCAUCUGCCCCGACUCCAGCGCCCGACCCCGAGUGCCCGCGAGUAGCGCCAACGAAAACACGGGCAAAUGGUCCUGCCAGAUGUGCACGUACUUAAACUGGCCCAGAGCGAUUCGGUGCACGCAGUGUUUGUGUCAGCUCCCCAAAGCCACGAGCCCGACGGAAUUCCCCACGAUUUCUACUGGAGUACGUUCCGGUUCGCACUCGCCGAUCGAAGAAUACAACGAUAGAAACAGAUUAAACACGCAGUGGACUUGUGCGGCGUGUAUGUACCAAAACUGGGCGAAGUCGGCGAAAUGCGUGGUCUGCGACGGUCCCAAACAGCAAGAGGCGACGAUAGAACGAGCGAGCAUCGACGACCAGAUCAUAAACGAAGACGAGAGGAGCCAGCGGAGGAGAGCAGGAGGAGGAGGAGGCGGCAGCGGGAGCGGCGUGGCGGCGCAGAGGAGGUCGCCGCCGCUGGGCAGGUCGGACGGGAGGAUCGAGCUGGCGGCCGGAGCGAUGAGCGCCAACGAGGAGCAGGAGGUGGACCAGAAGAGGCUGAAGCAAAUCCGAAACAGGAUGAAGAAGCGGGACUGGCUGUUUCUGAACGCCUGCGCUGGUGUAGUGGACGGGGACCUGGCGGCCGUGGAGGCGUUUAAAGCUUCGGGGGGGGACAUUUCCCGUCAGCUCUCGGCAGACGAGGUGCAGCUGCUGAGUCGAUCGUCGGCGUUCGACGUGGGAUUCACCCUGGUGCAUUUGGCCAUUCGCUUCCAGAGACAGGACAUGCUCUCCCUCCUGCUCUCCGAGGUGAGUCAGCAGAGGGCGAAGUUCAUCCCGUCGUUAGUUUGUCCGGAGCUCACGGAUCAGAUCCGCAGAGAAAUCUCAUCGUCCUUGUACCAGAGGAAAGAGCCGGCCUGCUCCUGUCUGUCCGAACUGCACACUUUCACUCUGCCCGCAGAAAUCGAGGACCUGCCUCCUGCCGUUCAGGAAAAACUUUUCGACGAAGUUUUGGACCGAGACGUACAGAAAGAGCUGGAGGAGUCCCUGGUGAUAAACUGGUCUCUGGAGCUGGUCUCGGGUCUGGACUCUCGUCUCUACGCGCUGUGGAACGGCUCCGCGGGGGACUGUCUGCUGGACUCGGUGCUGCAGGCGUCCUGGGGCGUGUGCGACACCGACUCUGUCCUGAGGAGGGCGCUGCACCAGAGCCUCAACCACUGCUCCCACUGGUUCUAUUCCCGGUGGAAGGAGUGGGAGUCGUUGUACGCUCAGAGCUGUGGCCUUCACUUUUCACUCCGAGAAGAACAGUGGAGGAAAGACUGGGCCUUUAUCCUCAGUCUGGCCAGUCAGUGUGGAGCGUCUCUGGAACAGACUCACAUCUUUGUCCUCAGUCACAUCCUGCGCCGUCCCAUCAUCGUCUACGCCGUCAAGUACUACAAGAGCUUCAGAGGAGAGACGCUCGGGUUCACCAGGUUUCAAGGUGUGUACCUGCCGUUGCUGUGGGAGCAGAGUUUCUGUUGGAAAAGUCCCAUCGCUCUGGGUUACACUCGUGGACAUUUCUCUGCGCUGGUUUCCAUGGAGACGGACGGGUUCGAUAACCGCGGCGCCGGCGCCAACCUCAACUCUGACGACAUCACCGUUACUCUGCUGCCAUUGGUCGACAGCGACAGGAAGCUGCUGCCCGUGCACUUCCUGUCCGCUCAAGAGAUGGGCACGGAGGAGCAGCAGGAGCGCCUCUUGCGUUCCUGGUUGGACUGUUGCGUGACGGAGGGCGGGACUUUGGCCGCGGUGCAGAAGAGCAGCCGGAGCCACCCGUUGGUCGCUCAGAUGAUUGACAGGUGGCUGGACCGCUACCGGCACAUGAGGGACUGCGGCUUCGACGACGACGAGUAAACGAAAGAAACAAAAGAAACGAAGAACUUUAUUAUUACUACAAACUGGAACAAAAACAAAGACUUCUGCAAAACCUUUAAUGUGUGAUGAUGCAUGCGAGUGUGAAUUUAACCAGCAGAAAAUACGUUUAAAAUCCAGAAAAAAGCACACGUGAAUCUGUCCAGUGGCUGUUUCCAUGACGAUUAUUCAAUAAAAAAAAACACACACAUAAAAAAUGUUUUACUAGGAAUAACAGCAAUACUCUUCUAAUCUGAUCUUUAAAGCUGCAACGUGUAACUUUUCUGGUUGAGGGUCCAGCCAACAGCUUGUUUCCAUGGAGAUGUUGCGUUUUUUUUUGCUUGAAAUGUUCCACAGUAUUCCUUUAAACUUGCAUUUUUGCUUUUAAUGCGCAAAAAUACGUUCAAAAACAACAGCAUUGUUACUGUGCUUGUUUCCACGGAGAUAAAAAAAAAAAAAAAGCCUAAUGCUGCACUGUGGAACAUUCCAGGAAAAGCGGUGUACUGUCUCCAUGGAAACGAGCGAGUCUACAAGAAAAAUUAUACAGUGAAUCUUUAAUUUGGUAGGUUUUUUCUUCUUAAAUCCAUCUUGAAUAUUUUAUGUAAGAAAUUUAGUCAAAAUUUAGUCAAAAUUGUGGAAAAUUUAGUUUUUUUUUUCCUCGAAUAAGUUUAAUUUUCAUCAGCGUAUUUUAACAGUUGACGGACAUUUUCUGUUUUGCUUCUGUUUACUUCCAUAAAUGAUCUGAAAAUGAUAGUAUUUCAGUCUAAAAUUUGCCUUAAAAAGCUUAAAAUCUCUUCAAAUUUACCAAAUAUUUCGAUUUUUUUGUGAUCUUUUGUCAUGGAAACAGCCGCGUCUUCACCGAUCUCCUGCAAUAAUAAAACUACGUUAAACUACAUAAGAACCGCAUAAGCUGCACUAUAAUGGAAAAAGAGAUUUUUGUGUGAAAUUUCAAAGCACCUCUUUUACUUUUCAUUAUUUAUUUGUUUAGAAGAGUUUUAGGUUUUGGAUUUUCGGACCCGUUUCAACGCGUUUGGGUGGAUUUCAUUUUGCACGAUGUUCAAAGAGUUUAAAGAGUGAGUUUACUGACGUUUUGAAGUGUUUCGGAUGAAGAUGUAGAUUUAUUAUUAUUAUUGUUAUUAUGGGAUGAGGGAGAGAAAACCAAACCUUUGUAUCAAGUGUGGAUUAAAUUUGUCUCACCUCAAA